GUGCUGGAGUCGCUCGGUGGAUCYCGCCAGAGCGCGCAUCUCCGCAUCGCUUCACGCCUCGCGGUGCGGGACUGCUGCCRCGCCGGGACUCACAGGAGAGGCAACAAGAAAGAGUGCGGGUGUGGGGGGAGAGGAGGCAAAAAAAAAAAAGUGAACAGCGUUCAGUGUGUGUGGGGGGGCAGAACGCGUGGGAGAGGAGAGGAAAAAGAGAAGCGGCCGGAAGGGCGGCAGGAGCGGAGAGGAGCGGAGCGCACCAUGGCUUCAAAGGAAACAGCAGCCGCCGGCUUCUCCAACGUCAGCAGAGAAAUCACAGAGAGCAUCAGAAAGGUGCUGGACAAACAGACCAUUAAGUUUGUGCGAGCCAUCAAGCAGGAGACCAGGAGUGGCAAAUCUGAGGACAGAAUUCUGGUCCUGGCAACAUGGAGGCUGUAUCUCUUUGCUGUCAAAGUGCCCACCAAGGUGGAGGUCACUUUCAACUUUUUGGAAAUUAGAGCAAUGAACACCUAUCCAGAACACCAGGUUAUCAUCGAUACAGACAAGACUACGUACUCACUCAGACUACAGACCCAGGACCAAGUGGAUCACAUGGUCAGUCACAUCAACUACGCCCUGUCCCGAGUCUUCAACAACUCCAUUUAUGCCCCUCCUAUUUGUCGAGCCGAGGAAGACUUGCCUGAUGGAAGUCACAAAUUUUCACCAAACUCUGACACAUCCUUAGAGGCUCCUAAAACUUGUGGUGGUUUUUCUGAGACAUAUGCUGCCCUUUGCGACUACAAUGGAAUCGGCUGCAAAGAAGAAGUGCAGUGGGAUGUUGACACGAUCUACCACUCUCAGGACAACCGGGAGUUCAACCUACUGGAUUUCAGCCAUCUUGACAGCAGGGACCUGGCAGUGAUCGUGGCAUCGAUUGCAUACAACACCUGGUUCACCAAGCUGUACUGCAAGGACAUGCGCAUAGGGUCGGAGGUGGUGGACCAGGUUCUGCACACAAUCAGCAAGUCCAACAGUCUGGAGGAGCUCACACUGGAGAAUGCAGCGCUGAAACCGGAUUUCCCCCAGAAGAUGGCGUCUGCUCUGUCAGAGAACCCGGCCUCUGUGAUUCACUCUCUCAAUCUGGCUCAUAACACACUAGACAACCAAGGAGUUGCCAAUCUGAUACAACAGAUCUGUCGCCUCAACAAGGGCCUGCGCCUCCUGAACCUCUCCAAAACCUCCCUCUCCUCAAAAGGUGUUGUCUCUCUGUCCCAGGCUCUGUGUUCAUGUGACGACUACUCUAACUCUCUGCUACAUCUGGACCUGAGCAAAAACCCCGGGGUUCUGUCUGGAGAGGACGCCACGUAUCUGGGACGGACUGUACCAUAGACUUGUUAUUUGGGGCGUUGCUGCGAGGCUGCUGCGCUGACCUCUCCUACCUGAAUCUGUCCAAGAACUCCUUCUCUCACAGGAAAGCGAGAGACUCUCUGCCAUCCUUCCGCCAGUUCUUCAGCUCGGCGUUCAGUCUGACCCAUGUCAGCCUGGCCUCGAUGAAGGUCCCGCCUGAUUCGCUGAGGGCUCUUUUCCUGGGUUURUCCAAUAACCCUCAUAUCUCCGAUUUACACCUGGACAUCAGCAGCUGUGAGUUGAGGUCAGCAGGUGCCGCCGUGAUUCAGGAGCUGUUCCCUCGCGUUGCGUGCGUGGGGACUUUAGACGUCUCUGAUAAUGGUUUGGAUGCYGACUUGUUGGCGGUCAUCCCAGCGCUGUCCCGACACCCCUCCCUAAAACACUUGAUGUUGGGGAAAAACUUCAACAUGAAGGGCAGGGUGCUGGACGAAAUCCUGCAGAAACUAGUUCAUCUGGUGCAAGAAGAAGAGUGUGGCCUGCAGUCCCUCUCCCUGGCCGACUCAAGGCUCCGCCAGCGGGGCACCGUGCUGGUCAACACCCUGGGGUCCAAUGCCUGCCUGAGGAAGGUGGACCUGAGCGGCAACCUGCUGGAGGACUCGGGGGCCAAGAUGCUGAGCAAAGCCCUGCAGAUCAACACAACGCUCAGAAGUGUGACGUGGGAUCGCAACAACACCACCGCAACAGGCUUUCAAGAUGUGGCGAGAGCUCUCGAGCAUAGCAACUUUACUCUGCAGUACAUGCCCCUCCCCCUUUGUGACAUCACCCAGGCGUAUCGCAGUGCACCAGAGAAGACAGAGCAAGCCCUGGCCAAGAUCCAGCGUGCAUUGCUGAGGAACAACCAGACUCAGCGUUUCUCUCAGAAACAGGCUCUUAGGCUCCACCAGGGUCUCGUCACCAGCACAGCUGAACAGGUGAUGGAGCGUCUGUGUGUGCGUGUGCAGCAGCAGGUUUGUGUCCUGAAAGGCUGUGAGGAUGGAGAGGAYGUCCAGACAGCCAGACAAAUCCUAAAAGAGGCCAGGAACUCAAGAGCUCUGUACCCGUCUCUGUGCGAACUGGCCCACGUUUUGUCUGUGGACGGCCCCGUCAAACAGCGGCUGGACAUCCUGGCAGGAGAGCUGGCCAAGGCUGCCGACAAGGAGCUGCAGGUGGUGGUGGACUCCAUGGUGUCUCUGUGUCGCGAGUUAUGCCCCAUGUCCUGUUCAGCUGCAGAGAGACUCAGCCCGCCACUGUCGUCCAUCUCGGAGCAAGUUUCCAUCCCUCGUUCCACCAUCCGCAGUGCUCUGAUGGAGAGAGCAGCUGAAGAUGUCAACAGAGCACUCGAGGAGGUGAAGCUGUCGGUGGUCUCCUAUCUGACAAACUCAAUAGUGGAUCAGAUUCUACAAGAGCUCUAUAACACUCAUAAAACCCUGGUACUGCUGCGGCAGGUGUCUCAGGCAAAGAGAUGGGAUGAUGUGGGGACGGGCAGACGUACGAUCCGACAAUCGAGACUAGUUGAGUCUCUGGAGUUCCCCGACGAGGAUUUUGGGGUCAACCUGGGAAUAGACACGAUGGCCAUCAAAAAACGAAGCUCCAGAACCCGAAGAAUUCGUCCGGUUUCCACCAGAAUGAGUUUGGGUGAUGAGCCCAGUCCCUCUCCAACGCCCUCUGCCCCGUCCCACUCUGCCUCCCUCACUCACUCGGCAUCAUGGGAAUGUCUUUCCACCCUGCCCACCAAUGGCUCGCCCUUGCGCCACGUGACCCACGUCAGGCCUCGCCCACCACGGCGACACCGAGCCGUUCACCUUCCUCCUGAAUCUCAUUGCUCUGAGAACGGAGGAGUCAGUAUGCUGGAGGACGGACUGCCUGAUUUCUACAGCAAGAGAGUUUUACCUGACAGUCAGCUGUCGUCCCUCCAUCAAGCCCAGUCGUUGAGGAGAAAGAAGCGGCGCAGUGUGUUGUCCAUUUUCUCCGGCUUCCGCAAGAACCGCAACUCCACCUUCUCCGUUCAGGACUCGGACAGCGCAUCAGAGAAUGUCUACUCGAUGAUUCAGCACCCRAAAGACAUUGUAAGACCAGAGAGUGCGGUCCCUGGUGCAAACGGGACCRUGUCUUCACCUCGGCCAACUCAGGGAGUCCCCGCUCUCGGGAUGAGGGCUUCCAGUCCCCCCUGUAUCAUUCAAAGACAGUCCACAGAUCUGGUCAGCAUGGUCUACAGCUGCAUCGGGGCAGAAAUCGARGAUUCUGACAGCAGCAGCUCCUGUGACAUCAAAGAGUCGGAACACGGCGCUGACGGAUCAAACGCCGCCUCAGUCACCCCGGCAGGUACUCGGAGUAACGGCCAUGUGGCGUCCUCCAAACAACAGACGGACAGACAGAUGGAGACGGGCCGGCAGGAGAGAAUUGUCCCUCUGACGGACCCACGGACGGAGGCGGCAGAGGACACACAGGGCUCCAGCUUUGGCGGCGGGGCCCCCUGUGGACCAAGACCAGAGCCACCGCUGCAGAGCACCAGGCCCAGUCUGGCUGUGAUGAGACAGAGACACCUGCAGGAGAGUUUAGAGGAGGCAGGAAGGCUGGAGGGAGAAGACCAAAGWGAAAAAAUGCAAGAAGAGAAGCAAAUUGGCCGAGGACCGGAGGGCCAGCGUCCUCUCAUUCCCAAAAAGCCCAGCAUUGACCUCCAGAGAGACAGGACCUCACCAGAAAUGACCAAGGCUUCACCCAAAAUCUCRUCUGCCAGUCCAGGCGAACACAGAACCGAUCGAAGGAGUUCGCCUCCUGCUCAGCCUGUCGCUGAAAACAGGGGGACCAAAGAGGAGGGGAGUCCAUCGGCAUCUGUGACGGAUGUUAUACAGGCAGCGGAUCCUGUCAUCAGUCAUGGUGAAGAYGGAGGACGGAAUGGAUUUUCAACAUCCUCUCAUCACACCAGGAAGACCAACUCCCUUGACAUAGGCAUGGGGCAGAAUACCCUCUACGAUCUGGAGAAGUCUUCAGAUCGCAGAAUCCCUGUGAAACCAUCCUGCUUUCCCCAGUACAAAAACAGAUUUCUGGACAGCCCUGCUGGGACCAGGUGUUUUGACGGYGGUAACAGAGACGCAUUAUGACAUUACCUGAGGACAGAGAGGAGGCUGCUGGGAAAAACUGACUGGAUCACAGAGACCUGGAGCGAGACAAGCUUUUAAAACUGUGUGGACUCAAAUCAAAAAAAUUCAACAGGAAUCUUCUUUUUCUUAAUUUUUUUCUUUUUUUGUUUUGUUUUGUUUUGUUUUAAUGUAUUUGCUGAAAAUGCAUGUACUGUAUACUUUUAUUUUUGAAAAUGCUUGCACUAAUUAUGGUUUUCUCUUGCACAAAGGGAAGCUCUACGUUUCUUUAAAACACUCACAGGUAGUUUUGUUAUUCUGCUCUGCUUCUUAUGAAUCGCCGUUUUACACAUUUGUGAAAAUCAGUUAAAGUUUAAAUGUCUUUUCAUUCCCUCCCCAUCUUUACUGACAAUCUGUGACUACUUAAAGUGAGUUUGUAUUUAUUCUAACGAAAUGUAGAAUACGACUAUAAAACUGCACUAACCAUCGUGGUAAAGGCUACUAGUUAACAAUCAUGUUUUAAUUUGUGAUAAUGUAUUAUUUGAUAUCUGUGAUAUUGUGAGUAUGCUUUUGGUGUGCGAUUGAGAAUCUUGUUUCCAUGGACUCAGCUCUUCCAUUUCUUCAAGAGUGUUUAAAUCAGUCAGUGGGUUGUUUUAAUCUGGUUUUUAGAACCUGAAAAUAAGUAUAUUUUCUCAAGAUGCUUCUACGAAUCAGAAUAAAUAAAAUGAACUGAACAGAAGGAA